GAAGAUACGGGUACACCAGCCAAAAGCCCCCGUUCAAAAGAUGACAAAUACUUUAUGUCAGCGGAAGGUACUCCAGCGAAAAGUCCUGUCACAACUGGCAGAUCUAACGUGUGGAAGGAGGAUACUGAUAAUCCAACUCUAGCUAAAAGUCCCGCUGCAAGAGGUGCAAAGUAUAGCGUGUCGAGGGAAGAUGCUGGAUGUUAUGAAAGAGUUGGGUUCAAGGUACCCAAAAAAAUACACCUCGCUGGCCCUUGUGAUCCCGAAUACGUUGUGAGUGCAGACUUCGUUGUCUCUUAA